AUGGAGAAUACUACCCCACGGCUCAGGCUCAAUUCCUUACCUAUUCGAGCACCAACCUUCUCCUUGCGUAGUUCGAAAACCUUCCCGAAUGCACCUUACUUCGAUUGGGAUAAGCUACCCAGAUACCAGAAAUUCGAAUCGCUAGGAAGAAUGUUGAGAAAAUGCAUGACGGAGGAGGCUGGCACGAACAAUAAUAAAGGGUUUCUACCGCCGGCAAUUCUGGAACACAUCCUGUCCAGGGAAGUCAUCGAGCACGAACUAAAGAGCCAGGAAUACCGUUACACUGCUGAAACUGUAGACGUUAUGUUUCAGACCGAAGAAGAGGCGCUCGAUGAUUCUGCGGACUUUCCAGGGGGUACAAAGACGUACUUUAUUGUUUUCGCUACUCUAGCUCUGUUGGAUAAGGUUUGCGAUAUAUACCAGUUUAUGGAAAUGAAGGAUACGAGUCUUGGUGAUCAAGAUCUUCCUAAUUUGAAACUGCAUCAAGACGAAGAUGGCAAAAGGGAACUACGGCGCGGUGAAGAGCUGCAGCAAAUGCGUUGUUUCGAUGGCUUUGUGGAUCAUGAACUCGAGUCUUUCGAUGACUACCAAUGGCGUCUACGCGUUCCAACUUUCGCCCUUGGUCCUAAAGAAACUAUUAGACAUUAUGAUCUCCACGAUAAAGACAUAUUGCCCUGGUAUGAAGAGCAUUCGGUAAGCCAAAAUGAAGUCAUGUCUGGCGGCUAUGGAAGCGUGAAAAAGGUGAAGAUUCAUCCACUUUGUCACGAUUAUCAUGAGACUUUGAAAGCGAUAAAUGUUUCCGGUGGACAGUUUGCCGUGAAGACACUGAAAAACUCAGACGCUAUAAAAUUCCAGGACGAAGUCAAUAUGCUUAAGAAGUUCAAUGGCCUUGUCCACGACCACCUCGUCACGCUGCUAGGGACAUUUACGUACAAAGGACAGUUUAGCAUGAUAUUUCCUUGGGCUGAGUGUGACGUUGAGAACUAUUGGUUAAAGAUAAACCCCAUGCCCAACUUAGAGGAUAUCGAAUUUGUACGCUGGGUAUCUAGGCAGUGCCGAGGAAUUAUGGAGUCUGUAAAUGUUAUUCAUAACCCCAAGCAUCCCGAGACUCUGCCGAAAGAGACACUAUAUGGACGCCAUGGAGAUAUCAAGGCCGAAAAUAUUCUCUGGUUUAAGUCACCAGACGAAGCGGACAGAGGCAUUUGGGUCAUCUCGGACCUAGGGCUCUCUACGUUCAAUCGUGAAGUCAGUCGCUCAAUGGUCCCGAACCAAUCAAUACUUUACACUCCUGGGUACAGGCCACCAGAAUGUGACAUUAAAGGUGGGAAAAUCUCCAGAGCCUUCGAUAUCUGGACUUUGGGUUGCUUUUAUCUUGAGAUGACAUGCUGGUUUCUGGGAGGACGGAAACUGAAAGACAAUUUCGAGACAGAUCGCACAACAACCUAUAUCACAGGAAGUAGAGCUGACAUAUUCUUCGACCUUGAGCUCAAUGGAGAAGACAAAACAAACGAGACUUUCAUAGCGCUCAUCAAACCGCAGGUUGUCAGGAUGAUCGACGAUCUCCACAAUCAUCCCAACUGCACAAAAUAUAUCCACGACAUGCUUGAAAUUAUAGAAAAAGACAUGAUAGUUGUUCUCAAUCAAGAACGCACGAGAUCUCCGAAGUUGCUCAAGAAACUCAACGAGAUGAACCAAAAAUGCAUAGAUGAUGUGGAUUAUUGUAUGAAGAAGACACCAGUCAAGCGAACGUUCCAAGCGCCAAUUGGAACGGAAGCAAGGCUCAGCGAAAAUGCAAUGAACAUGGUUACGAAGAAUAAUAUGCGGGGGAGAUUGUCGACCCACGUACCUAAGAGGCCGGUACAAAAGUCGCCGCGAGUAGAGGAGCUGGAAAAUGUGGAUUAG